GGGAUGCGGGAGGGGCGGCCCGCGACCCCCGGCCCCGCUGCCCGCCCGCACCGCCGCCACCAUGAAGAAGCAAUUCAACCGCAUGCGCCAGCUCGCCAACCAGACCGUGGGCAGAGCCGAGAAGACUGAGGUGUUGAGCGAAGAUCUGCUGCAGGUGGAGAAGCGGCUGGAGCUGGUGAAGCAGGUGUCCCACAGCACCCACAAGAAGCUGACAGCCUGUCUGCAGGGCCAGCAGGGCCUGGAUGCUGACAAACGCUCGAAGAAGCUGCCACUGACGACGCUGGCACAGUGUCUGAUGGAGGGAUCGGCCGUGCUGGGGGAUGACUCCCUGCUAGGGAAGAUGCUGCGCCUGUGCGGGGAGGCCGAGGACAAACUGGCGCAGGAGCUGAUCCACUUCGAGCUGCAGGUGGAGAGGGAUGUCAUCGAGCCGCUCUUUGUGCUGGCUGAGGUGGAAAUUCCAAAUAUCCAGAAGCAGAGGAAGCACUUGGCAAAGCUUGUGCUGGACAUGGACUCCUCCAGGACGAGGUGGCAGCAGUCGGUGAAGUCCUCGGGUCUGGCCAGCAACCUGCAGCCCUCGGGCGCCAAAGCCGACGCUCUCAGGGAGGAGAUGGAGGAGGCAGCCAACAGAGUGGAGAUCUGCAGGGACCAGCUCUCGGCUGACAUGUACAAUUUUGUGGCCAAAGAAGUCGACUAUGCAAACUAUUUUCAAACUCUGAUCGAGGUGCAGGCUGAGUACCAUCGCAAAUCCCUGGCGCUCCUGCAGAACUUCCUGCCACAGAUCAAAGCCCAGCAGGAGGCGUGGAUGGAGAAGCCCUCCUUUGGAAAGCCCCUGGAGGAGCACCUGGCUGUCAGUGGGCGGGAGAUCGCUUUCCCUGUGGAGGCCUGCGUGACCAUGCUGCUGGAAUGUGGGAUGCAGGAGGAGGGUCUCUUCCGAGUGGCUCCCUCAGCUUCCAAGCUGAAGAAGCUCAAGGCUGCCCUGGACUGCUGCGUGGUGGAUGUGCAGGAGUACUCAGCUGACCCUCAUGCCAUCGCAGGAGCCCUCAAGUCCUACCUGCGGGAGCUGCCCGAGCCCCUUAUGACAUUCGAGCUGUACGAGGAGUGGAUCCAGGCCUCCAACAUCCCAGAACAGGAGAAACGGCUGCAGGCUCUCUGGAACGCCUGCGAGAAGCUGCCCAAAGCCAACUACAACAACAUCAGGUACGUCAUUAAAUUCCUGGCCAAGCUGACCGAGUACCAGGAUAUGAACAAAAUGACCCCAAGCAAUGUGGCCAUCGUGCUGGGGCCCAACCUGCUGUGGCCACAGGCAGAGGGGAACAUGACAGAGAUGAUGACAACGCUGUCGCUGCAGAUCGUGGGCAUCAUUGAGCCGCUCAUCCAGCACGCGGACUGGUUCUUCCCGGGAGACAUCGAGUUCAACGUGACAGGGAACUACGGCAGCCCCCUGCACGUGAACCACAACGCCAACUACAGCUCCAUGCCCUCGCCGGACAUGGAGCACGGCGAGCGCCGGCAGCACGACCAGGCCCGGCGGCCCCUCAGCGUGGCCACUGACAACAUGAUGCUGGAGUUCUACAAGAAGGAUGGCCUUAGGAAAAUCCAAAGCAUGGGCGUCAGAGUGAUGGACACCUCGUGGGUGGCUCGCCGAGGCACCUCAGCGGGGCGCAAGGCAGCCUCGGCCCCUCCGGCCGCGCAGCCCCCGGCCCCGCCCGCCGAGCUCCCCCCCACGCCCCACUCGCCCAUUCCCGAGCAGUCACCGGAGAUUUCAGCAACGCCUUCCCCGCCUCCCACCAGCUUCGGCUUCCCCCCGGCAGCUGAGCGGAUAAGGUCUGCUCCGUUUUGAGGUCCCCUCCCUCCACGUGUCCCUGGAUGCCGCCCUGUGCCGGGACCCGCCCGAGGCAGCGCAGAGACUCUCGGGGCCGAGC